AUGCAUCCAUUCGCGCUUCGACCGUUGGAACCAGGCCGAAGGUCAUCACACGACGAAAGCGAAUCGAGACGGGGCGCGACAGCCAGCCAACCCUGGCUUGAAGAACCGAGAUACACCGUGGAUGGACAGGAGGAAGGUUCUGACGAUGUCUCUUUCACCGCGUUGGUGGCCCAAGCCAGUCUCACAUGGACCGAACUGGGCGAACUCGUCCCAUCCCCGCCAGACUCCGUGGACUAUGACUAUGUCGAAUAUGGAACCAAAGAACUUGCCUUCGCCCCGGAAAUAGUCGAAAGAGAACGUCGACCUUACGCCCUCAACCUCCAUCACCUAUAUACGAUGAUCCCGACAGGCCGUCCCAAGAGAUUCGAGAUAUGCCAGUUCGAGUACCCGAUCAAUUGCAAUGGCGACUGGGCAAUGCACAAGAUUGACUUCAUGUUGUACAAGAAACAAAAGUUCUCGACGAUCUGGGAGGUCUAG